AUAUCUGGGUGCUGCCAUAAAAAGACCAGAUGGUACGACUCAAUAUUUUUUUUUCUAUUCCUCCCUUUCGGAUUAUCUUCCGCCGUUCACUGCAUAACGAAGCUGUUCAAGCCAAUUAAUGCCUUUAUUCACGAGAAAGGUAUAAGGCAUUCCAUCUUUUUAGAUGACGGUAGGAUUAUGGCUGAAAAUAAACACGAAGCAGAGAAAUAUCGUGUUUUCGUAUACAGUGUCCUAAACAAGGCGGGAUGGAUCCUAGAAACUAGAAAAUCCGAUGAGGAAGGAGACGCAAGCCAAAUUAAGAAACACAUAGGGUUCAUUAUUGAUACCAGCAGCAUGACUGUUCGUCUCGGAGAACCCAAGAAGCAGCGCACUCUACAUAAAGUCUGGGAGACGAUUUCUUAUGGAUCAAAAUUGAUACCAGCCAGAGAAUUAGCUGGGACGCUUGGGAAAAUUGUGUCUACAGAGCCUGCACUCGGUCCAGUAGUAAUCAUGGCAGCGAGGGCAUCAUACAUAGACCUGGACGAGGCUAUACGGGAGAGAGGGUGGAAUACCCAGUUGAAGAUAAGUAGGGAGUCGCUAGAUGGACUGAAAUUCUUCGCUGAGAAUUGCGAAGAUUUUGACAAUGCACCAAUCAGAUCUUCGGCAACCGAAAUAUCGGUAUUAUCAAUCAUGGGACCACCAAGCGCAUUCAUGAAAUCAAGUUUUGUAGCCAAUCACGUGUGGACGGACGAAGAAAACAUCUGGGCCAGUGAUGCGUCUGGAUACGCCACCUGCGCUUAUUCAAUCAAAGGAGACCAUCUAUAUUACCACGAGAUGCUGAGCGAAAGUGAGAGAAAACUAUCAUCGGGGCACAGAGAACUACUUGCGGUUACAAGAACGCUGGAACACUAUGAACGCAUAGACACAGCGAAUAAAAAAGCCACGAAUGUGUACUGGCUCACCGACAGUGAGAACUUGGUUACUUUCCUAACAAAAGGAUCGGGAAAAAGCCAUAUCCAAAAAGAAGUGUUUCGAGCCAUGACUCUCUGCAAAAAACUCAACUUUAGAAUAAUUCCGAUCCAUUUGUUGCGGGAGGACCCACGCAUCAAGUUUGCAGAUGACGGCUCAAAAACGGUCGACACGGACGACUGGCAGGUCGACGACAAGACAUUCCAAAAAAGUAAUCAGGAAUAUAAUUUCACGUUUGACUUGUUUGCUUCCAAUCAAAACAAAAAAUGCAAGAGAUUCUAUAGCAAUUUUUACUGUCCCGGCACAUCCAGUAUAGACGCAUUCUCACAUUCGUGGGACGGGGAGAUCGCCUGGAUCUGCUCACCCAUAAAAGAAGUGACUAGGAUCAUCAGGAGAUUGAGAAAUUUAAGGACAACUGGAGUGCUUUUCGUUCCGGAAUGGAAGACAUCGGACUACUGGGUGGAACUUUUUGACAGCGAAGGCGAGAUGUCAUUGCCGUUUACACGCAUAGACAUUUGCAGGCCGUUUAUCAUCCAAAACACUUAUGAUCGCCGAUCACCCUUUGCAGGGCGAACGACUUUCAAUUUCCUAAAGAUCAGUUUCAACGCAUGUUAACAUGAAAAAUACUGCGCCG